UUACUACAGCCCACCCGGAGCCUGUCCUCUCAGUCUGCCCCAGACUCCGCACAGGCACACACUCCUCAGACAGGAAGGUAAGUGACCCUGGGUCAAAAUGACCGAGCGCUAUGACUGCCACUACUGCAAGGAGUCCCUGUUUGGGAAGAAGUACGUCCUGAGAGAGGAGAAUCCCUACUGUGUGAAAUGUUACGAGAGCCUGUACUCCAACACCUGCGAGGAGUGCAAGAAGCCCAUUGGCUGCAACACCAGGGAUCUGUCCUACAAGGACCGCCACUGGCAUGAGGAGUGUUUCAAGUGCUUCCAGUGCAAGCGCUCGCUGGUGGACAAGCCCUUCUCUACCAAAGAUGACCAGCUCCUCUGCACUGAGUGCUACUCCAACGAGUAUUCUUCUAAGUGCCACGAGUGCAAGAAAACCAUCAUGCCAGGCUCCAGGAAGAUGGAGCACAAGGGGAACAGCUGGCAUGAGACCUGUUUCACCUGCCAAAGAUGCCAGCAGCCAAUUGGCACCAAGAGCUUCAUCCCCAAGGACAACAGCAACUUCUGUGUGCCCUGCUAUGAGAAGCAGUUUGCCAUGCAGUGUGUGCACUGCAAGAAGCCCAUCACCACUGGCGGGGUGACCUACCACGACCAGCCCUGGCACAAGGACUGCUUCCUGUGCACUAGCUGCAAGCAGCAGCUGUCUGGCCAGAGGUUUACCUCGAGAGACGAUUUUGCCUAUUGUCUCAACUGCUUCUGCAACCUGUAUGCAAAGAAAUGUGCCUCCUGCACCACCCCUAUUAGCGGCCUUGGAGGCAGCAAGUACAUUUCCUUCGAGGAGCGCCAGUGGCACAAUGACUGCUUCAACUGUAAGAAGUGCUCCGUGUCCCUGGUUGGCCGUGGCUUCCUCACUGAGCGUGAUGACAUCCUGUGCCCAGAGUGUGGCAAGGACAUCUAAUUCUGUGCGCGGGGAGACAGACACCUUAGAUUUGAUGGCUAUGUUACAAUAAAACAACAGAGAUAUAAUAAUAUACUAUCAAAGCACAGCGCUAAGCCUCCAUAGCAUCCUUAUAGAAUUACUAUAAAUGUACAUUGUUGCCAUGAAAUAUAAACUAUUAACAGUGCUUUUGAAGUUAAAAAGUUUAAGUUAAACGUUCUCUGAGAAAAAAAUCAUUACUAAUGUUACAACUGUUGGCAUGAAUGUAGAGACCUUUGCUUAGGAAACAGCUCCGUGAGGGCAGAUCGACUAUGUGAAGCUCUAAGACAUAAAUCUAAAAUAUGAAUGUGUGAAUGAUUAUCCACUUUGACGUGUUAUAAUAAUCACUGCUUUGUGCAUGGACUAGCUUCAUACUGUAAUUAGUAAAGGGUUUGUGAAUGAGCUCUUCUAUUACCUAAUAAACAUUUCAAAAACUG